GGCGCUUUGUAGGUCUGUAAACACUAGUGCAGCGAACACGUUCCCGGCGAUAUUUCACUAUUGUUGUGAACACUAUUAAUGUUAUUGUGGUCCUCGACUGAGGUAGUGCAGCGCAGUAGUGUUGAAGUGCCGAGUGUCGCGAGUGUUAACGUUGCGUCGGUGACAACUUGAUUUGAUAAACUUUGGUGAGUACUACUUAACGUAAAAAUGCUUGUCAAAUAGAUGUAUAAAUUUCAAUGUAUCGAAAAAUCCAAAUAGUUCAAUGUUUACCAAAGAGCGCCAAAAAACGAAUACCCAGUGAUCCGGGAGGUUUAGCAAUUAAAACAGACGAUGAAGACGACCAAUUUUUUCAUAGAUUUUGUUGGGAUCAACUGAGAAAACAUGACCAAGAAUUAAUUCCUAGGGUUAGACUUAAGACUCCCUACAGGACACCACCACUUUUAACAAUAAGUCGCAUGUUAAAAGAGUUAGAAAACGAAAGCAAAAAGAAAAAAAUGGAUUCUCCUUCAAGGAAUAGAGCUCGAUCGACAUCGGAUUUAAAAUCUCGACAAUACAUACCGAAUGAGAAUGCGCCAACAGUAAAACGUUACAAUCGAGUAAGCCAAGGAAAUCGGAGUAGAAGCCGAUACGAAAUUUACAAUUCUACAACAAUGCCAUUUGGUAAACGUUAUAGAGAAAUGGUUACUUCUAAUAUACACGAUAUUGAAGAUAAUAAUGAAAGUAGUACUGACUCGAGUCAAAGUACAUAUGCGACAUGUUGUUCAGAAGUAGAGACUUUGAAAAUGUCUGGUUUUCAUUGUAUCGAUGAAAACACUAAAAAACACGAAGUUACCUUGCAAGCCAGUACAGACGAAACAGUUACAGAAGCUCGAAAUUAUGACGUGAGCACAGAAGAAAAAAAUAAAUUAAUAGAGAAUGACGAAUUGAAAUCGACGGCAAUGGUAAAAAGUAUUAAUGAGAGACGCCUAAUGUACAAUAUGCCAAAAUCGUCUAAUUGGAAUACGUAUCAAGAAGAACAAUUAACUUACGAACCAGAAGACCAACAAGUACAUAAAGAAGUUGUUGUGAGAUCUAGAAGUCUUUUUAGCUUAUUAGAAGAUCAGCCGGUAGAAAAUUUAAACCAAAAUAACACCCAAAAGUUGGUAAAAGCAACAUCGGAAAAUUAUUUGUACAAGGAAGAUAAUCAGAAACCUAGAGUUGUUGAUACAACACCUUCAAAGAGAUAUAAUAGUACAAUUAAUUUGAAAAUAAGUAAUAUUAAAUCUAAGUCACAAGGUAUAAAAUAUAAAUCACAAUCAGAUUUGUGUCGGUCAGUAGAAGAAUCUAAGAGAUUAAAUAGACCAAAAUCGAUGGAUUACCUUACUCAUAAAGAGAAUAAAUCGCACACGGAAACACUAAAGAAACAUUUUUACUAUCAUCCUUUGAAACCCAUAAAAAAACUUAAUGAUAAUGAAUUACCAGAUCCAGAUAAAGUUCAGAGUACUAGACAACUAUUCCAAAAAGUUUUGAAAAUACCACUUCCUCCAAGUUUAAAUAAUCAAAAUCCAAAAAUAGGACCAAGACCUACACAAGAAGUUCGAGUUGUGCCGGAUUCUCAUAAACCUAGUAUUCAAAAAUGCGUUUCAGUAGAUAUGGGAACAAACAUUCAUAACAAAUGGACGGAUAGUGGAAGUGUAUCAUCUGGUGUGGGUAGUGAAGCUAGCUUUGAAACAGAAUCUUCUGAAAAUAAUGCAAGAGGUGAUAAGUAUAGUAGCGACGAUGAAGAAUAUUUAGCCGAUAAAACUACAAUCGAGUUGGUAGGACGACCCGUGUCUGCCGAAAUUCUUAAUAAAAUCAGAAAAUUUGGAACCAGUGUCACUUACUAUGGAGGUAAAGUUAUAUCGAGUAGUCGAGGAGAAGUGUGUAGUCCUAUGACUAUGACUAUAAUGGACGAAAUUAGACAUCAAAAAGAAGAAAAUAUCAAACUUCGUCUAGUAAAAAGUAACAGUUGUGGAAGUAGAAUAGAAUUAAUGGAAGAAAUUAAACACAGUGAAAAACAAGUUGAAGCAAUCCGAGAGGAAGAAGAAGACGAAGAUCUAAGAAGAGAAAAAAGCAAUCAAGACAUUUUGGACAAUAGUUCAUCUAAAAGUGUGUCUUCUGACGAAUUAUCGUGGAAAGCAUUAAUAGUCAUUAGAAAGAAAAUGAAUAACGUACCAGUAUUUGACAUGGAAUUUGAAGAAUUUGAAGUACUCGAUGAUAAUAACAAAAACAGAGACUAAAACCUUCAUUUUAAAACGGCUUAGAUACAUAAACAUUUACUCAACUCACCAUAAAAAUAAAAUUAUUUUAUCGAUUUAAUUAUAAUUACUGUUGCCAAUCUAUGUUCUAAAAUUAAAAGAAAAAUAUAUUAUUAUGCAUUGUUAGAAUUAAAUUGCUUUAUUAAAUUAUUUAAAAAAUUGUACUAUGUCAAUAGUGUAUGUUUAAAACUACAUAAGUGUAUGUAUUGUAAAUCUUUUUUAAAAUCGAAAUAAAAAGUUAUUUAUACUAUAGGAAGUAGUGCACUGCGCGAUAAUAUAUUACGACAAGAGCACUGCGGAUACUUUACAAUUGUUUCGUUAAUAUAAAACAAUAAAGGAGAUGAAUAUUUCCAGCUCAUUU